UACACACUCUGCGUCUCUUCUAGCAGAGAGUGUUCUGUUGAGAGGAGACGCAGACGGCGAUACGAUGAGAGAUGUUACAGCAGUCAGUGAGGUCACAGACGAUCUAAAAUGAGGCUCCGUCCGUAUGUCAGUGAAUUAGAUGUGCGUGUUCCGCCCGACCUGAAGCCGUCAAAGCUAUUCAGAUUACAUUGCGAUGUCAAAUAAUGGUGAGCAAAGGAUAGAAAUUCCAAAAGCUGUAUCUUACGUGGUUGUGGGUGUCAACAGCGUUUUUGAGAGCAGGAAACUUUUCAAGUUUUUGAGAUUGAAUGGCUAUACUGAUGUAUCGGUCCUUCGUGAUUAUCCAAAUGUCCAGCUGCAAACAUUCGAUGUCCCUUUAUCAAAUCCGGAGCCUCCAGUUCCCUCUGCUCUGGAAGACAUGGUUGAAGAAAAUUCGACACGUGCUCAUACAAGGAUCGCGAGAACAUCAUUUGAAUUUAAUUGCACAUUAUGUGGACGAGAUCGUCUUCUGUUGGAUGCAGGAACCACAGCAAGAAAAAAGGCGCAGAAUAUUAUAUUGUUGGGAUGUUUACUUAUGCAACAUCGUACUGGCAUGGAUAAUGCAAUCAGAGUUUAUAGAGAGACACUUGAAGAUGUCAGAGAAAUUUGUCUAGACCACUUCGUCACAGCGGCAGCUUUCAUUGGUCACAAAGUCAAAGAAAUGCAUAAAAAAUUCCCUGUCCAAGGCUUGCACACUGUCCCAACAGACAUCCUUGAGGCUUUUCUCAUACGAUUACAGGUGUUCGCGGAUUGUAUCGAUGAUGGAGUUUACUUGGCCGCUGAUGAUCUUAUAAGAUUUUUCAAUGACUGUUUGGGUAAAUACGACGGUGCUGAUGGUUGGAAUGUUGAAGGCUUGGGUGCCUCCAGAGCAGCGAAGAGGCAGAGAUACUGCGAAGCCAACUACAGCAAGGCGGAGCCUUUAGUAAACACUGUGAAGGGAUAUUUGAAAGAGGCUCUUCGGCGGAAGGAGGUCCCACUUCGCUCACUGCAUAAUCCGAGACGGAGACCUCCAAUGAUAUCUAUGAUAUCUUCAUAUCUGUCACAAGAAUCGAACCAAGGAACCUUAGCGAUUCCAAAUUUGCCGCUUUUUGAAUCAAAACAGGAGCCUUCUAUAACACUGGAUCCGCCACGUUUCCAACCAAAACAGGGACCUUCAAUAUCAACGGCGAUGAAUGAAGUGAAACAGGAACAAGCCUCAGUAGUGCACGAAGGAAUCACUGCUGCGGACCUUAUGGAGCAGACGGUGUCUUCAGUGGAUUCAACAGCAACUACGUCAACAUCAACUUUCGCAAGUGAGAAGCUGCAAGAGCCCUUUACUGAAAAAGAAACGGACAAAAAAUCCGUAGGAGAUAAAUGUGAAACUGCCAGUGCGAUAGCAGCUUGCGUGAAAGUAAUCAAGCAGAGCAUCAUGGAUGACAUAAAUACUCUUCCUGAGGAGAAAUUUCGGCAGCGGUUCCGUAUGUCAAGAAGAACUUUCGAGACUCUGUGCGCUUCCCUGGACGCUCAUUUGAAGAAGAAGGGUCUUAACUCGACAAGAAACUCUAUUGCUGUCAAAAUCGGCACAGCUUUGGAUGUGCUUGCUGGUAACAGUAACAUGCUAAAAGGCGGAGCUCUGGUGGAAUCUUGUGUUACUGAAAUGUUUGACCAAGCGUUGGAUGCCAUAUUUUCGUGGUCAGAGUCAGUCAUCUAUUGGCCAACGGAUGCUGAAAGGAACAGGAUCUCAGAUAAAUUUUCUGAAACAACCGGCUUGCCUGGAAUUGUAGGUUGUUUGGGUGACACUACCGUUCUAACCCAAAAUAGCAAGGAUCUGAGUGUGGCAGUAGUUGUGGACGAUGAGAGAAGGUUCCGCUGGGUGGAAACUAUCUUUGAAGAAGAUGAGUCAAUAUGCGAACGGAGCUUACUCUGCGAGCAGCUCAGAAACGGCGCGAUGACGGGUUUUCUUAUCGGAGACGAUGCUUAUAAGUGCGAAUCUUUUCUAUACACACCAAGUGGAGCGAAGAAAGGUAAUCCUGAGGACGCGUUGCGCAGGGCACAUAAAGUUGUGCAGGAAGUCAUUGCAGAUUGGAAAUCACAGUUUCCCAUUCUCACAAAAGGAAUAACAUCCCCCAAGAUCGCGCAUAUCAUUUCGGGAAGCGCUGCACUUUACAAUUUGACCAGAGCUGAGGGAGAUGCCCCGUUUACGUUUGAUGAAAGAGCAGAUGAUCAGUCGUCUGCGCACUCAGUGGUAGAUGAGUACUCAUCGAGUUCUUACAGCUCUGACAGUGUUUCUCAAAGCAUCUCCAAUACUAAUGCGAUAAAUAGGCACCUGGCCUACAUUUUCACACAUGUAGUCUUGAACGACAAUCAUGAGAUAGCCAAGCGGACAUUCAGUACAACAUUUCACUGUCUAUAUGAUGUGCAUGAGUCAGCUGUAAUCACCUGCACUACUUUGAAAGGAGGCACGCAUACAGCUGCAAACAGUCUACUGUUUGGGAGGAAUUUGUGUGAUUGCGUUAACCUUUCGCCUGGAGAGUCUGUGCUAAGCAACUUGAUCUACCAGAUGGAACACAACUUCAGAGGCAUACUUUCAUUUCAGCUGAGAUGUCCACAUUUGAGCGUUAGCCAGUGGGACACUUUUGGACGAUAA